AUGCAGAGCUCUUGGGCUCUGUGCUCCGUCUGCGUCCUAAUACAAAUCGCGUGCCGGUCUGUGGAAGGGUGGCAAACAUUUAAAAAUGACGCUACCGAAAUCAUUCCCGAGAUCCCUGAGAAUACGGAAACGCCGAUGGAGCAGGCUUUCAGCAACAACAACACCAUGAACCAGGCGAAGCACGGAGGAAGACACAUACAACAAGCUUCAGACCCAAACGACGCCUCCGACUUCAGCUGCAGGGAGAUGCGGACCACCCGCCAUAUCACGGAGGGGCCCUGCCGCAGCAUCAAGCCCGUCAAGGAGCUGGUCUGCUCCGGUCAGUGCGUCCCCUCGCACCUCCUUCCCAACUCUAUUGGGAGAGGGAAGUGGUGGCGUCAGAAUGCCCUGGAUUACCGCUGCAUUCCCGCACACACUCGCACGCAGCGCAUCCCCAUGGCUUGUCCUGAGGAAGAGACUCGGACUUACAAACUCCGCGUCGUCACGUCCUGCAAAUGCAAGCGCUACACUCGCUACCACAACCAGUCCGAGCUGAAGGACUUGGGAAAGGCCACAGUCAGGCCCCAGAAGAACAAGAAGCCCCGUCUCUCCAGGGCCAGAAGCAGCAAAUCCAACCAGCACGAGUUAGAAAACGCUUAUUAG